CCGAGCUGGCCUCGCUCUGAGUUGGGGCUAACCAUGGCCGGAUCUGUGCGUGCAUGUACUUGAGGUUCCGUUCUUAAGACACGGCCACGCCAAUUCCUCGCCGACAACGUGUGCGCGGUGCGGGGGGUACAAUCUUCAAGCAAGGGUUUAAGGUCAUCGCUAUUUCCACACAACGAUGUUGCGAUUAUUAUCUGUACUCUGUCUUGUCACAUAUUCAGACUGCAGCCUGUACCCGUUUGGUCCCGGGGUAGGAGACGUGGCCCUGCUCACAAACAACGCACCCGUCAACCUUGGCAACAGUUACAACUACUACGGCAGGAAGUUCGACACCGUUUACGUCAGCAAAGAUGGUGUUGUUGGCCUUGACCCGGACGUCAAGUACGAAGAAGUCCGUUUUCAAAAUGGCGACCGUGACCCCGACCAUGAUCUUCCCUUUCUGGCACCGUUCCAUUUUGAUGGAAACAACAUCACAAGUGAUUCGGAGGGGAAGAUCUACUACAGACUUCAUUUCAACAACGCUAGUGAAGACCAAGACUUCCUGAUGGAGCUACAGUACUACAUGCUGAAUGCUACAGUUGGUACCUCUCCGUUCGAACCGACUGUAGCUCUCGUGGUCACGUGGGAAAACGUCACAGCCGCGUCACAGGAGCCGUGUGCAGAGGGAGCGUGUCAGAGAGCCACAUUCCAAAUGGUCCUUGUUGCCUGCGCACUAAAUACGUUCAUUAUCUUCAACUACAACGACAUGCCUUUGCCCGUACAGUACUAUUACCAGGCGGGUAUAAAUGGAGGUCAUGGCGUUGGGUGGACGAGCGUAUGUACCGGAUGUAACCUUUCCGACCUGCCUUCUACAAGAGGAAGUGACGUCGCUGGCAGAUUCAUUUUCCGAGUGUCUAAUGAUCAACUUGAACGUUCAGGCUGCACUGUCGAUGGAAGUACGCUACAAAUUUUCCCAAAAUAUGCCGGAAUGUUUGGAGGGGAACUUCUGGACAUUUCCGGUCCGUGUAUGGACGAUGUCAACGUGAACGUCAUGUGUCGGUUCGGAAGUGGCGAGAGUGCAUUUACCUCCCAGGGGUUCAGGUUUAACUCCAUGAGGUUGAAGUGCCCAGUGCCGAGACUCACACAGAGAGGGUCAGUGACGGUAGCUGUGUCGGUGGAUGGUGGGAUCAUGUUUAAUGGAGAAGGAGCUAUCAACGUUGUUAUGCCACUACGUCUGCCUAAAUCAAGUCUAGUACUGAACCCGGCGUGGUUCGAGGUGACACCCCAAGAACUGAAUAUGACAUGGGACCCAGACACGAUUACCUCUCACCCAGACGCGAGGGUGGACAUUAAGCUGGUGGGUUACAGGGAGACGGAGACAGAGAUCAUCUGGAAGACCUUGAGCGUCUUAGCCUCUUCUGUCGCCAACACAGGAAACUUCAGCUUCCGCCCCGCAGACCACCAGUGCCAACCAGCUGACUGCCAGCUGUUCGAGGUGGGCAUCGUGGAGGUACAGCUGCAGACUCCUUACCACACCGUGGCCACGUCAAGAGUAGUUAUGAGCCCUGAAGACCCUUUCCCCUUUGGCUGGUUCGUAAACAAUGCAAUGACCACGCAGUACGGAUCCAACUGGCCACCCCAACUCUGUACACGUUGGUCAGACAAGGACAAGAUGGACACGUCCUGGAUGGACAAGCUCUUGUAUUGUCCAUGUAAUCUUGGUCAAGCCCUGACGGAUUUCGGUCGCUGGCAGCCUGACCUAGGCUGUAACAUAUGGUCAUCAAGUUCAUCCAACUGCUUCUAUCACAAGGGGGCUGUCCAUUGCAUCCGGUCAUUUCAACCAUCAUCUACAGGUGCAGGCAACCAGUGCUGCUACGGCAGUGAUGGGGUGCUGAAAUACGCUGCCGACACCUACCAAGGCAGCACCCCCGACCGCAGCCACGACUGGGGCGCCGCCCCCUACAACAAACCCGGGUUUGUGCCCGCUUUUUCCCACUGGAUACAGGACGUCGUCACCUUCUACUACUGCUGUCUGUGGGUCGGAUACAGUCACUGCGACUACUACAUGGAACGUCGGGCCACACGGGACUGUAACGGGUACCGCCCUCCUAAAGCAGCCAUGGCUUACGGAGACCCCCACAUCAUGACAUUUGACGGAAAGCUGUACAACUUUGGUGGCAAGGGAGACUACUACCUGGUGAAGUCGGACCAGUUUUCUCUUCAAGGGAAGUUCGACAUGGGACAACAAGCCCAUGCUGACGGUAGUAGCUUCAACGCCACCGUGUUGACGUCAGUGGCCAUGUCGGGUGACUCUGGUUCCAGGGUGGAGAUACGUCUCGCUCCCCCCGGGCUCAACAGUGACAGGCGUCUCGAUGUCUUUGUCGAUGGAAAGUUUAAGCUGUUUGAUGCUGCUGCCAUCUUUAAGCAAGAGUUCAGCGGUGGUGUAUCUGUCAUCAACAUUGCUGUCGACCCCAACGACAACCGUCACGACAACUUCACCGUUAUCAUGAAGUCAGGAGUAGGGGUACAGGUAGCGGCGGUGAACAGACUCCUCCACGUCAUCGUCAACAUGCCGCCCAACUUCCAGAACAUGACGUCAGGCCUGAUGGGGACAUGGGAUGGAGACAUGUAUGAUGACUUUACAGCUGUGGACGGAGAGGUCAUAAAUGUUACGUCAUCAGCAGAGAACGUUUACCAAACAUUCGGGAAAACAUGGGAAGUGCCAGAAAGGGAGUCCUUAUUCUCGCAUCACGACAUCGCCGACAUGCUGUUCAUGCCCGUUUUCGCCGCUCCCCAGGGCUCCAGUAUCACGGAAGAAAACCUCAACACAACUUGUGGGGAAAAUGCCCAGUGUCGCUUUGACUACCUUGUUACUGGAAAUGCUGACAUUGCGAAUGCUUCCAAAAUGGCGGCCGGCUGGUUCACGGAGCUGCAGAGCUUCCAACAAACCAGCGAGUCUUGCGGCCUCCUAGACGUACAGUACUCCAUGAAAGAUAACUACAACUACAACCUCAACAACACCGUCACCAUCACCGAUUGUAGCAACAUGGGCGUGCUCCGUGGUGAGACCACCUACACGUGCACCAGAGGCGGUACUGGAGGACUAGGUUGGAGCCCUGACAUCACCGCCGAGUGUAGCACUGGGAGUCUCUACCUGUUCGGCCCUAAGGCUGGAGAUAUGACCCUACAGACAGACGGCAACCUCCCAAUAUACCUUGGGUACGAAAUCAACGUCUUCGGUAGAAAGUACGACACUGUCUACGUAAAUAAAGAUGGAGUUGUAGGAUUUGAUUCACGGGUCGGAUAUGAGGAGACUCACUUCAAUGACAGUGCACGUGAUCCGGGUAUGGACUUACCCUUUGCCGCUCCGUUCCAUUUCUCUGGGAGAAGUAUCCUAAGUGAAGACGAUGGAAAGGUUUAUUACAGAUUAGCAUUCACCAAUACAAGCGGGGACUUUCUCAAAGAGCUGCAAACGUACAUGCUGGAUGCCAACAUUGGCUGGGAACCAUUUGAACCGGUGGUGGCGCUGGUUGUCACGUGGUAUGGCGCUGUAGACGACGCCCAGAUGGGAUGCAAAGCAACAAACACCUGCAAGACCGCGACAUUCCAGAUGGUCCUAGUUGCCUGCGAGAUGCACACGUUCGUCGUCUUCAACUACCUCACUAUGAACAUUCCGGUCCAGCAGUUCUACCAAGCUGGUAUUAAUGGAGGCCACGGCGUUGGCUGGACAAGCGUAUGUACCGGAUGUAGCUUCCCUGACCUUCCCAACAAAAGAGGAAGUGACGUCGUUGGAAGAUUCAUAUACCGCAUAUCGAAAGAUUCAAUUGCGAUCGGUGGUUGCGCAGGAGACAGAGAUUUACAGAUUCUUCCAAAGGUAGCCGGAAUGUUCGGAGGGGAGCUUCUGGACAUUUCCGGUCCGUGUCUGGACGACAACGUGAACGUUGUGUGUCGGUUCGGGAGUGGCGAGAGUUCAGUAACCUCUCAGGGGUUCAGGUUUAACUCCAUGAGGUUGAAGUGUCCAGUGCCAAGACUAUCCCAGAAAGGUUUUGUUACGGUAUCGGUGUCUAUAGAUGGCGGCAUGAACUAUGUUGGGAGUACAGAGAUUUAUAUUGUGAUGGUGAAUGCAGUGAGCCAAAGAUUAGAGUUGGUUGCGACGGGCGAAAGUAACCCCUGGAGAGAGGUCAACCCGCCAAGCCUCACUAUGAGAUGGGACCCAGAUUCACUGUCAAAGGACGAGGGGGUUCUAGUGGAGAUCCGAUUAGUUGGCUACAGAGAGGAUGGAGACCAGAUCAUCUGGAAGAUUCUACGCAUCAUCUCCCCUGAAGCAGCCAACACAGGAGAGUUCAGCUUCACUCCCUCGGACCACCAGUGUCAGCCGGAAGAUUGUGGCGUGUUUGAGGUCGGCUAUGUGGAAGUGGAGCUAAAGAGGAAUUUCCGCACACGGGCCAACACUAAGAUAGCAGUAAAAUCAGAAGUAACACCUUUCGGAUGGUUCGUUAAUGGUGCAAUGAGCAGGCUCCAUGGCUCCAACUGGGCCCCUAAGGUGUGCAUGACGUGGUACAACAAGGACAAAGUCGACAUGUCGUGGAUGGACAAGCUGUUGUAUUGUCCAUGUAACCUCGCCCAGGGACUGUCCGACUUCGGCCGCUGGCAGACGCAGUCUGGGUGCAGCAUGUUCUCGUCUAGCCCUGACAACUGCUUCUACCAUAAAGAGGCAAUACACUGCGUCCGGUCCCUCCAACCAUCAUCCACAGGAGCAGGAAAUCAGUGUUGCUACGGUAAAGACGGCCUACUUAUCUACGCUGCCGACACCUACCAAGGCAGCACCCCCGACCGCAGCCACGACUGGGGCGCCGCCCCCUACAACAAACCCGGCCACGUCCCCUCAUUGUCUCACUGGAUAGAGGAUGUUGUCACCUUCUAUUAUUGCUGUCUGUGGACGGAGUACAGUCACUGUAAUUAUUACAUGGACCAGCGGGCUACCCGGGACUGUAACGGAUACCGCCCUCCUAAAGCAGCAUUCGCGUACGGAGACCCCCAUAUCACGACAUUUGACGGAAAGCUGUACAACUUUGGUGGCAAGGGAGACUACUACCUGGUGAAGUCAGACCAAUUUUCUCUUCAGGGGAAGUUCGACUUGGGACAACAAAACCAUCCUGACGGUAACCGCUUCAACGCCACCGUGUUGACGUCAGUGGCCAUGUCGGGUGACUCUGGUUCCAGGGUGGAGAUACGUCUCGCUCCCCCCGGGCUCAACAGUGGCAGGCGUCUCGAUGUCUUUGUCGAUGGAAAAGUCAAGCUGUUUGAUGCUUCGGUCAUCUUUAAGCAAGAGUUUAGUGGGGGUGUCACUGUGAUCAACGUUGCAACUGAUUCCAACGACAACCGUCACGACAACUUCACCAUCAUCAUGAAGUCCGGAGUGGGGGUGCAAGUAUCGGCAGCAAACCGACUCCUCCACGUCAUCGUCAACAUGCCGCCAGAUUUCAAGAACACGACUUCUGGUUUGAUGGGCACCUGGAACGACAUGGAAGCUGACGACUUCACCACGAAGAGUGGAGAUGUCGUUGACAUCGGGGCCUCGAAUGAAGACGUCUAUCAAACAUUUGGCAAAACAUGGAACGUGCUGCAAAGUGAAUCUUUGUUCAAGCAUAACGACGCCGCUGACAUGAACUUCAUCCCCAUCUACGAUGCUUCCCAGAUACCUGCAGGGUCGGGUAUCACCGACGCAGACCUUGACAGCGUUUGCGGGAGCAACGUUCAAUGUCGGUUCGACUAUGCCGUAACAGGCAAUGCAGAAGUGGCGAAUGCUUCCAGGCUGGCGGCCGGAUGGUUUACUGAGAUUAAAAGCUUCCAGCUAUCCACACAAUCCUGUGGUCUACUUGACGUACCGUUUGCUACAAAAUCUAGCCGUAACUACACAUUUGGAAGUACCGUUUCAAUCACCGGCUGCCGUAACAAGGGCACGGUGAAAGGGGAGACAACCUACCAGUGUUCCAAGGGCACCAACAACGAGCUCAGCUGGAUGCCAGACGUGUCGGCAAAGUGUCUUGUAAUCGAGGACAAGAAGCCGGAAUACAACGGUCCAGACAAUGUCGGGGCGACUGUUGGCAUCAUCGUUGGCGGUUCUCUUACCGCCAUCAUCAUCAUCGUAGUAGUGGUUGUACGCAAACGUCGGAAAUAUACACGACAGGGUCUUUUGAAACAACAUAAACUUAAACUGUGAAAACCGUGUCCCGAUUUGAAGAUAGACAGACGGCACGACAAGCUUCAUGGAACCAAGAAUACGCGAAGUGAAAAUACAUCUGUGUUGAUUGUCUACAGGAAUACUGUCUCCACACAAUAUUCAAAUCACCAUGGUGGUGGUGCAUGAAUUGACCCCGAAUUGCUGUGUUUUCACAGAUAAUUGAAGACUAGUGUUUCUUUUGUGACUGUCAUUUAUGAGUACACCAGAAAACUAAGACUUUUGGGUUGACUGCCUCUGCUCAAAUUAAAUCCUAUGUGAUUACAAAAAUGCAUAUACAUUGCACUACAUUGGGGUGAAAUUAGGAACCGUAUCGGAACGUUAAGUCACUAUACGAAACCUGCCCGCUCAUACAUUUACCUAUUUUCAACAUACUGUUCUCCUAUCGUAACUCCUAAAAGUAUAACAAUUAUUUACCGUAAUACAUCGUGCAAUACCCUAGAGAGGGACCGAGAGAACUGCAAGCCCAGUCGUCCAAUGUAAGGCACCGCAAAGUGCCGUGCAGAGUUACCUCCCUUUGUCUCCUCGUGGAUGCGAGUCACAGGUUCGCUCUGAUUAUUAUUCUUGGUUGUCAGCAUGCAUGGAUUUCACAAAAGUACUUAACAUAAAAGUCAUGCAUCACUUCAGGCUCUCCCAAAUAUGUAUUGACACUGCGACAUGACUGAAAUACUGUUCAAAGCGGCGUUAAACAAAACUCACUAAUUCCCUAAAGCUAGGCUCAGUUGCGCCAUAUGCGCCAUGGCUACUAGAUUUAUAUGUAUAAUGACAUAGAGUGGGUUUAACGCCCGACUUAAAUCACGCUUGAAAAUGCGUCAAAACCCAGUCCCUCUUUUAAUAACAGAUUAAAAAAACAGUGUAAGGAAGACACAAUUUGAUUUCCGGUUUUAACACACUACUACAUUCGUACAUGUACUUAAACAGAACUUCUUCUCGACUCUUUGUCCUUAAUCUGGUGGGAAUUCGUAUAAAGAAGAUCGCGUAUUAAUUAUAGCAUUAGACUAAGGUUAAAGUCAUAACCAGUCAUCGAUGACUGAUAAGUGUUUCAGAGCCAUUACGCACCGCCUAUUCAAUACAUGUAUGUCAUUAUCUCCUGGUGUCAAAGGACGACGCUAAGUUAUGUGUGAGCUUACGUCUGCUUUGUUCCAUGAAAGUCACACCAAUGAAGACAUUUUGAGUACUAUUAUUCCGAUCUAUCAGAGUGACAUUAUCAGAAGAAAAGAAAAUAUUACCAAAAAAUUAAGCAGGACCUCUAUUUUGGCACGUACUGGUCGUUGUAAGUUAUCUGUCUUACUGAAAAAAACUUUUAGCUAUUUGUAACGCUGUAAUGUUUUGUAAACACCGUUCGCGUGCCUUGUAAUGUCUGUGACACCAUUUAACUACUUUUUUAAUUAUUCUAGAUUUAAAAUAUAAUUCUUAAACACUUAUACCAGAAUGAAUAUAUAAAGAAUUUGUCGCAUGCAAAGCCUGUGAUAUCAUUUCAGCCUUACAGUAAGGACAAGUUGAAUGUUUUCAUGUUGCUCUUUUAACCUUCAUCAUAAUGUGUAUGCGAAUGAUAUUAUUAUUGCUUCAUCAUAAAGUGCACACCCUCAUUGUUAAUCAGAUAUUAAAAAAUGUUUUAUAUAUAUUUGUUUCAUUGUUUGGAAAAUAAAUACUCAAAACGAUU